AUGUCCCUCAAUUCUGACGUAAGGGUCUUUGAUGAUCCCAAUGAUGCCAGGAUGCACAUGGCAGCAUUAAUUAGUGAUGCUUUAGUCCAUGAAUCCAGAGCUCUCAUGGCCAUGGAAAACCCUGCCGUUCCUCAAAGAAAAACAAGGAAAAGCAGGAAGAGAUCCUUCACUAAUCCACUGGUCACAGGCAGGCGUGAGAAACGUCGGGAAACACACUGCCCUGGAUCAGUUGCUUCUCAAUCAAGAAGAAGGGAUCCUGUGCAUGAGGAAGGCCUUCAGAUAGAAGAUCAAGAGUUGGCAAGUCUUGAAACAAGGCUCCAAGAGUUAAGGGACACCAUAACUGCAGUGCAGGUUCCGGAGGGAACAGACAGACUGGUUUCUGCUUGGGAACAAAGGCAGCUUCUCACAGAUGUGAGAAUGAAAAGUGCUAGGCCUAUGCUUUUUGAUGCAAAGCUCUCAGCCCAGAGAGUUUUCAUCCAAAAUUGUCACAGAUGCUGUGUUGUAGAAGCUGUGAUUAGGUGCCUGGACUGUGUACCACUGGACAUGGAGUUCCUCUGUGCUACCUGUGACAUGGAGGCCCACAAGAGAAAUGUCUUCCAUGACAGAGAGGCUGUGUUCCAUGGAUUUCUUGAGCCCAUUCCCCCUACAACUGCUGUGCUGGUGAAUGAAAAUGGCCAGCCUCAGUUUUGUGAACAAAUAUGUCAUCUGCCUGUUCCUGCACCAAGGUCAAUUUGUGAAUGCACUCAUGACCUCACAACCACUCCAGGGAAGCAUAUUUCUGUGGUCACCAUCAAUGAAGGCAAUCUAAUGGACUCCCGAGUGAAGGACCUGCUUGUUUAUCGGUACUGGCCAGCUAGCACCAGCUGCCAGACCCUAUACAAGUUUGAUGUCUUCACCUCGUUUGACCAUAUGAAGGUAACGGCACCAGCUAUGUCCAGGCAGGCCUUCCUGAAAAUGUUGGAGCACAGAUCUGUUCAAGCUGGAAGGCGAAGCUUUUUUGAGUUUACCUUUUGUCAAUACAAAGAAGAGGAUAUGUGCCAGGUCCAUCAUUUUGAAUGUCCAGCAUGUUCUCCAGACAUGUUGGCUGUCUGCUCUGAUGGAAACCGAAAACAUUACCGCUUCAGCAAGUCAAAAGGGACUGAGGAGCCACCAAUAUAUGAGGGCUUGUUCCUGGCCAAGGACGUGGAAGUUGCUACCUUUGUUGACCUUAUCAGAGGCAACAUGAGAAGUGCAAAUGACAGUGCUGUCUGCGGUACUGCCAAGUUCACUGCUGGCAGAGAGAUGUCCAAAAAGUCUGGUGCUCAGAUAGAUGAGGAGGGCAUUCAAGUUGCAGUUUGCAGACAUGGGUUUCUCUUACGAGGACUGAACCAUUACCGUGGAGAAAUAUUUGCUUACCCAAUGUUUCUUCAAAGAGAGAUGUCAAAGAAGGCAAAUGUUACAUUCUUCUGUAUGGAUGUUACAUGCAGGUACUGGCCCUACCUUAACAAAGUAGCAGAGGGUUUACCUGAACUUCUGCCAUUGACAGAAAUGAGGCCAUUCCUGAGCGUCAUGCAUGCCAAAGCCCAUACAGCAAAAUGCGAGGUGAGAUGGGGUGGCAGAAGCCUGGAUGGAGUAGGAAACACAGUGGGAGAAGAAGUGGAGCAGGUGAACAGCUUUCUCUCGAGGGCAGCACUUGUCACAAAAUACAUGACAAAGGCUGGAAGAGUGAACAUGCUAACGCGACAGGCCAUGGGUUGGAACAGAAGAAAGAGGGACAACCUUCAUCAAGUGUUAGCCCACAGAUAUGUCAAAAUCACAGAGAGGGCAAAGGUGGAAGCUGCCAGCCUUAGCAACAUCAAGGAGGAGCACAACCUUGAUCAGGAGACAAUACAGCAGUGGGUAUGGGAUGUCAGACAAUGGGCUGUCACAGAGAGAGUCUACACUCCAGGUUGUAUUGAAGAGCUAAGGGCUGACAUUGAGAACAUCACUGUAACCCUUUUGCGCAAGAAGCAAGAUCUGUAUCAUCAGCAUGAUAGCAACCAGGCAAGACAAAAAAAGAGAAAGAAAAUGACUGAGUUGAAGAAGAAGCUUCGCGAAAAGGUCUUGCAAUACAACACAAUAGUGGAAGGAGAUCUGAUUGACGAGGAGUUGGCUUGCAGUCUGACAGAGGGAUACAUCCUACCAUGGGAGAGACAUGAAGAUGGCAGCACUUUUAGGUUGAAGAGAUCUAUCUUCGACCAGGUAAUGCUGCUAAAACGCUUGGAGGAGGAGCAGAGCAUCCUGGUAAAGGAGAUGUCUCAGCACAUCAAGUACCUUCUGAAGCAAGUGCAAGAAGUGGAGUCACUCAGAGGACAGACUUUGGAGUGCAUCAAAACCAGCAGUUUCGGUGACCUAACAGAAGAUGCAACACAUGGGCUCAACAGUGUCCUCAAUCAGAGGGGUCACUCACUUAGAAGUCAACACAAACAGGCUGUUAAUGCAUACAGCAGUAUAGCCACUAUGGAAUGUGAUUUUCUUUCCAUACAGGAGGACAUUGAGGAGUGGGAUGACAAUGGCUUCACCAGCCCCGAGUCUGAGGAAGAAGACACCUAAAGUACACUGCCAAACAACACAGACGAACUUCAGAUUUGUACAGAAAAAUGUUUUAAAUAGC